AGUAUCCAUCCAUUACCUUAAACCCCAAAACCCUCAAUCCUCGGAGCCCUUUAAACCCUAAUGCAACGUUCCUUCACCCAUCUUCUCCGCCUAUCCACCGUCUCCGGUAGCUGCCGGUAAUCCAGGAAUUUGGAAGUUCUACUAUGCCUAUCAAGCUUCUCCCUCGCCUCCAUCUCGUCAACCAUCCAUUUCCUCUAGCUCGUUUUCCCCUAAUGAAGCUCCAACCCUUCACUCGGCAAUGUCGAACAAUUCCCAUUUUCUCUCGCGUCUUCCCCUUCAAGCUCAAGUACGCCUCUGUGGCCUUCUCUUCUCGCCCUUCGCAUAGUUUCCAAGCAGUCCGACGGAGCAGCGUCCCCGUUAGGGGCUCCGAGAGAGGAAGGUUCGGUGGCUCUAAGAGUCUUGCUGAGGAUGAGGCUGAACUGAGUGAUUGGGUUAGCGACUUGAAAACCAGCUCAUUUCGUGGGCGAAUCACGAGCGAUGAAGAGUCGGAAGAAGAUCAUAGGCGUAGUAGAGGAAGGGAUAGGGAGUCGCCACCGUUGAAGAAGGGGAGGGAUCGACAGUCGUACGAGUUACGGGAGUUUUCAGAGGGUCGGAGACCUCGAGGCCCUUCAAUGGAGUCGUAUGCGAAGAAUUCAGGGAAUGUUAGGCGAUUCAAGCGUGAGUAUGAAGACGAGAGAGAAGACUUCCGCUCACGCAGCAAUGGUCGUGUUUUUCGUAGAGAUAAUGUGGAUUCUUCGAUUGGGAGAGGACGUGCGACGAGAGAGAUUAAUUCAAGAAAUCAACGGAUUCCAGGUCGUGAUAGUUUAGGGAGAAGUGGGAGGGAGUCUAAGAACCAAGCCCGUUUUGCAAGUGAAGGUGAAAGGGAGGAGGACGAGGAAGAUGAUGAUGAUGAGGGAAGCAGAAUUAAAACUAGUGUUAGGGACUUUCUAAGCGAUGAAGAUAGUACCGACGACGACAACGAUGACGACGAAGACAAUUCUCUGUUGAGAAAAAGUACUAGUGCUUUGUUCCCAUCUGGGGAGAAAGCGAGUGAAAAGGAUCGACCACGCAAUCCCCCACGAAGGUCUGACUCGUAUUUGAGUGAAACUAGAUUCGAUCAGUGUUCAAUAUCACCCUUGUCAUUAAAGGGUAUCAAGGAUGCUGGAUAUGAGAAGAUGACUGUAGUACAGGAGGCCACACUUCCUCUAAUACUAAAAGGUAAGGAUGUUCUUGCCAAAGCAAAAACAGGGACUGGCAAAACUGUGGCUUUUUUGCUUCCCUCAAUUGAAGUUGUUGUGAAGUCUCCACCUAAUGGUGAUCAGAAGCGGCCUCCAAUUCUUGUUCUUGUUAUAUGCCCAACCCGAGAGCUUGCCACGCAGGCUGCCACUGAAGCCAAUACUCUUUUGAAGUACCACCCUACUAUUGGCGUUCAAGUUGUAAUAGGAGGUACAAGACUUGCCCUUGAACAGAAACGCAUGCAAGCAAACCCUUGCCAGAUUCUUGUUGCAACUCCUGGAAGGCUGAAAGAUCAUAUAGAGAAUACUGCAGGUUUUGCAACUAGACUGAUGGGUGUCAAGGUCCUUGUUCUUGACGAAGCUGAUCAUUUAUUAGACAUGGGAUUUCGCAAGGACAUUGAGAGGAUUGUUGCUGCAGUUCCAAAACAAAGGCAAACUCUUCUGUUUUCUGCCACCGUACCAGAUGAGGUCCGCCAAAUCAGUCACAUUGCAUUGAGAAGAGAUCAUGAAUUUGUCAAUACAAUUCAAGAAGGCAGUGAGGACACACAUGCACAGGUGAGACAGAUGCAAAUUGUUGCUCCAUUGGAGAAGCAUUUUAGUCUGCUCUAUGCUAUUCUUAAAGAACAUAUUGCUGAUGACGUUGACUAUAAGGUUCUUGUAUUCUGCACAACUGCUAUGGUUACACGAAUGGUUGCCGACCUUCUUGGUGAGCUAAACUUGAACAUCAGAGAGAUUCAUUCUAGGAAACCGCAGAGUUACAGAACCAGGGUUUCUGACGAGUUUCGAAAGUCAAAAGGCCUCAUCCUUGUAACUUCAGAUGUUUCAGCUCGUGGAGUUGAUUAUCCCGAUGUGACCCUUGUCAUACAGGUUGGCUUGCCUGCUGAUAGAGAACAGUAUAUUCAUCGACUUGGUAGAACAGGGCGUAAAGGCAAAGAAGGGCAGGGCAUAUUGUUGCUAGCGCCUUGGGAAGAAUUCUUUUUGUCUACGGUUAAGGACUUGCCUAUAUCAAAAGCUCCUAUGCCCCUAAUUGAUCUGGAAGCAAAGAAAAAGGUGGACCGAGCUCUGGCUCAUGUUGAGAUGAAGAAUAAAGAAGCAGCAUACCAGGCGUGGCUUGGUUACUAUAACUCAAACAAGACGGUAGGAAGGGACAAGUAUAGACUAGUCGAACUCGCCAAUGAGUUCAGUCGAAGCAUGGGACUUGACAAUCCUCCGGCCAUUCCCAAACUAGUACUUGGGAAGAUGGGUCUCAAGAAUAUCCCUGGCUUACGUGUGAAAUAAUUUGAAAGUUGCAACUUGUCAUAGAGAAUGUAUAAAGGAAACGACUCUUGCACCAGAAUGUGAGGUAAGAACCAAUUGUUUCUUUCAGCCAAUUUGCAGCCACAGAACAAAUGACUCCUUUCUCUUCUUUCGAUCUGUAAGUUUGAUUUUUCGUUAACCAAUUUGCAGUUUUGACGAGGAAGGAAUUUUACAUUCAUUUCCUUUUUUCCUUUUCAGCCAAUUGUUAUAAUUCAUUCUCUUUUACAUUGUAGUGUGGGUUACAUUAGUAAAACUCAAGUUUGAAAUAUAAAAUUCUUGUAGAUUUGCCUUUCUAAA